AUGAAAGAUUUGAACAAUUACAGAGCAACAUGGGAUGAACCACUUGAGUCGAGUCUCUCCAAUGGAAUGAAACUUUUUACAGUCGGUUUACCCGCUAGUGGAGCACUUCUCACCUACAUUUUGCAUAUUUUUGAUAGAUUUAAUUUUACACCUGAUAGUUUAGCUGAUUUUAACAAAACCGCACUUACGUAUCAUCGAAUGAUAGAGACGUUUAAAUAUGCGUACGCGAUGAGAAACGAUAUGGCUGAUAAAGAAUUCGUCGAUAUGGAAGAAUUAACAAACAACCUAAUGUCGAAGACUCGCGCACAAGAAACACAAAUGAUGAUAAAUGAUUAUAAAACGUGGGAUGACCCAGCGCAUUAUGGAGCGCGCAUGUUGAGCAGCGCAAAGGAUCAAGGAACUGCUCAUGUUUCAGUAUUAGCGCCAAAUGGGGACGCAGUCUCAGCUACUAGUAGUAUCAAUUUCUAUUUUGGAAGCGGAGUAGCUAGCGAAAGUACUGGAAUAUUAUUGAAUAAUGGGAUGAAUGAUUUUGGUAUACCGUCAGCAAUUAAUUACUUCGGUAUUCCACCUAGUCCGAACAAUAAUAUCGCUCCUGGAAAAAGGCCUUUGUCAUCUAUGGUACCUUCGAUCCUUGUCGAUGAAAAUGAUGAUGUAAGAAUGGUCGUUGGUGCAUCUGGUGGUACUAGGAUCACCACGACAGUUGCUCAGAUAAUGGCUAAGAUUAUAUGGAUGAAUCAAACAGUGAAGGAAGCAGUGGAUGCUCCUAGGAUACAUCAUCAGUUGAUCCCGCCAAACGUGUCAUACGAGUAUGGUGUACCAAAGCAAAUAAUUGAUGAGUUGAAAAAGAUUGGCCACAAGACUGCUCGUUACAGAAUUCGUGGUAGCGUAGCUUGCAUCAUUUACACUAAGAACAAUACAGUAUACGGGAAUGCGGACUUCCGGAAAGAAGGAGACGUGUAUGGAGUCGAUUAA